AUGACAUAUUCACAAAUUCAACCUUCACCGAGGGCAUUGACCAUUGUCACCAUGGGUCGUCUUCAGGAAUAUGAGGUCAUUGGGCGCCAUCUGCCCACGGAGGCCAAUCCUACCCCGGAUAUGUACCGCAUGACCAUCUUCGCCCCUAACGAGACAGUUGCCAAGUCUCGAUUCUGGUACUUCUUGCGCGGUCUCCGAAAGGUGAAGAAAGCUACGGGCGAGAUUGUCAGCGUCAAGGCGAUCUACGAGAAACACCCCCAGAAGGUCAAGAAUUUUGGCAUCUGGCUACGAUAUGACUCUCGGUCGGGUACACACAACAUGUAUAAAGAGUACCGUGAGCUGUCCCGCACCGACGCAGUUGAGGCUCUCUACUCCGACAUGGCUGCCCGUCACCGCGCUCGCUUCAGGUCGAUUCACAUUCUUCGCGUAGUCGAGAUUGAAAAGAGCGAGGAUGUUAAGCGACCUUAUAUCAAGCAACUUCUCACCAAGGGCCUGAGCUUUCCUCUUCCCCACCGCAUCACCAAGACCAGCACCAAGAAGUUGUUCAGCGCGCAGCGACCUUCUACUUUCGCUUAA